AUGGGAUUUUCUGAGACGAAGCAGCAACAAGUGGUGGAAGUGGGAUUUGAUUCGGAGAGCAAUAGUAAAAAAUGGGUUAUCGCCGGAAUUCCAUUACGGAGUCCGUUGAAGCCAAUAUUUACGAAUCCUGAACCGGAUGAUAUUGAUGGCGGUGAUGAAGAGUGUUCGACUCCCACCGGUGAAGAAGCAAGAAUUCCGACCAGACUGACGUGUCCUCCGCCUGCUCCGAGGAAAAAGAAAGCUUCGUUGAAAUGUAAUUAUGGUGUUGACAGGGAGUUCUUCACACCUCCUGACUUAGAAACCGUUUUUAUACGCCAUACUGAAAAGGCUAGCUAG